GAUUGUGUUGUUUGUCGUCAAUGUUAUGAACUGAUCAUUUGAAGCAGUCUCAGUUGGUAACAUUAGAUGCUAAUACUUUUAACUAAGAUCGAAAUAUUUUCCAAACACUAUUAGGUCGAGUUUUAAGUUGGCUUCUGUUUAAUUUUAUUUGUCGGGAUGACUGCAGUGAUUUUAUAGUGGAACCUACAAAAUAUCACAAUGGAUAAUUGAAAACCUAAAUGUGUUUUACUCAAGUAACGGUAAGAAACACAGCAGUUAUUUUUUUUAAGUUGUAAUGAAACGCCUCUUUGGUUAGAACCUUGUUGACACUUCGGGUGACCAGGUAACGUUCAUCGAGCGCUCCUAACCAUUUGAAGUGGUCGUCGCCGGAAUGCGCUUCGGCGAAUGAAAAACAACAUGGCGGACCAGCGGGACGUUCAAAAUUCUAAACGAAACGCGAACUCCAGCCUUUUAAUGUCGGGUAGUUCAGCGGUGGCCAUGGAGAUUAAACGGAAGAAAAUACGACAGAGUGCCUUAUUCCAGCACACAGAGAACGCCAAAAUUCAAGACAAGCUGGACUUUGAGGUGCGGAUGCGAGACGGCGCCUAUAAGCUGCUGAUGGCUUCCAGCAAGAGAGAGCAGAUCCUCAACGCCUCUAAGAACCUGCUUACCUGCAACGCCAGGAUCAAGGCGUACAUUGGUCAGAUGGAGAAGGAGCAGCAUCUGCAUCAUAUGAGAGAGAGGCUUUCAGAGGAGCGCGUGCCUUGUCGAGCAACAAUCGCUCUGUCUGGUAUUCGUAUUCCAUUAAUGUGGAAGGAUCAGGAUCACUUUAACAACAGAGGAAGUUCGCGGCGAGUGGCUCUGUUCUGUCUGAUGAAGAUGGGCUCUCAGGUGUUUGACACCAAGAUCAUAAUAGUGGACAGAUCCAUCACUGACGUCUGCUUUGAGGAAGUCACCAUCUUCAACGAUGCAGUACCUCAGUUUGAGCUGAGGGUGGAGCUGUGGAGCUGUGCCGUUGACGAGGAGCUGACUUUAGUAAACACUCCGAGAAAGCUGGCCAAAAAGCUCCGGAACUCUUUUGGGAAGACAGCCGGCAAGAAGCUCUGCCCCCUGCUGGACAGUCCCGACCCUGACACUUUCCUACAAUACAACCCAGUGCCUGCAGGAGCUAAGUACAACCUACUGGCCUACUCCACCAUGCGACUGCCUGAGGCUGAAAGCAGCUUUCAAUCCAUCUCGCUCGUUGUGCUGCUAAAUGCUGAUUGGUCGUCCUGGCUUCCACUUUACGGCAAUCUGUGUUGCCGCUUGGUGGCCCAGCCUGCAUGUAUGACGCAGCGUGUCAUGGCAGGCUAUCUCAAUCAGAAGCAAAGCGUUGAGGGCCUCCAGCGCUGCUGCAGACUCUACUGCGUGUUGAGCGCCGCCUCCUUGUCAUGCUACUUCAGCCCAGAGGAGAUUGAAGCUAAACUGCAGCCCACACUUAGCCUGGCAGUCAACAAGGACACUCGAAUCCAACUGAUGGAGAAGGAGUCAGCGGGCAGGAGGAGCAUAAGUCUGUCCAUCAUCAAUUGUUACUCAGAGGGAACUCACACUGUGGUCUUCACAGCUGACACUGAAGAGGAGCUUUAUGAAUGGCAGGAGGCCCUCCAGCAGCACCUUUACGAUCAAAGUGAGUGGCUGCACUGCUGCAAACAGCUUAUGAAAAUAGAGGUUGCGUCGCCAUGGAAACCCUCGCUCUUCCUCAACAAGGAAGCGGACUGUGUUUACAACGAGCUGAGUAUAAAUUCUCCCGGGAGGUUUGAGCGCAUCACAGACAUCAUCCACAACAGAAUUGAGAAGACAGAAGGACGCUUCCUGAUUGGCCAGGAAGAGCAGACGCAGGCUGCUGAUUGGUCCACUCUGUUUGAUGGCUGCCACUCAAUGGUGGUGCAGAAGAGGAAUGGUCCAUCACUAUGUCAAACCUCCACCCCUUUCUCUAGCCCUAAGGCCACCUCCAGCUCCGCCCCCAAUAGCGGAAAGAAGCGUCGUGCCCCGCCCCCUCCCACGAGUCACGCCCCUCCUCCUUCUCGCCCUGACAGACCCCCUUGUCCUCCUUUCUCCCACCGGGAGAAGGAGAACCCCAUCACGCUGCGCCCCAAGACCAAAACGGGCCGACCGUCCUUGGACGCCAAGUUCUCCGCCAUCAUCCAGCAGCUCCAGCGGAACAACUACGGGGGCGCGCCGGCGCUCGGCCGCAAGAAUGCUCCGUUGGGCGUUCUGGAAGACCGUGGCAAGGCUCCGCCCCAUCACCUGAGCCAACGGGACUCAGGUGAACGUGGCUUUGAAAGAGGCGGUCAUGUUGGCGGUCCAACUGAUGCAAGCAGGAGCCGAGUAAGGAAGUCUUUCAGGGACAGAAUGAACCUUAAAGCUGCAUAAAAAUUACUUUUAUUACUGCCUACAACCUUUUAUACGUGUAGUACGGCGUACGUUUACUACAGUCCGUACCUGUGUUACUUUGUACGUUUACUACAGUAUCUAUUACAACAUACUACAUUUCAUACAUGUACUACUGUGUACAUGUAAUAACUACUGUGUACUUUUACUACAUAUACAUUUACUAGUGCGUACGUUUACUAGUUUGUACAUGUAUUACUGUGUCUUAUAUUUCAUACAUACUGCGUACGGUUACCACGGUUUUUACAUUAUUUACGUCAUACUUUUAUUAUAGGUUAUUCGUACUUCGAACCGCAAUCAGUAAGUUUUGAUCUUAUUAUUAAGAAACAUCUUUUAUACAGCAGAACCUCUAAAGUCAAACAGUGCUGAAACAGACCACGAAUAUCGUAUGGCGUGAGACCUCUCGUAGAAGGAUGAAUUACUUUGAUGUUAACAAGCGAAAGUGAGGCUGUUUAUUCACAGCCUCACUUCUAUUAAUAACAAUAUAACAAUUAGACUAGUAAAGUACACGUAUAUUUUUUUGGGGAUAUCUGGAGUGAGACCUCUCAGUUGAAAUAUUAUUGUCUUUGUGUUUUAGCUUUUUCUUGGCGGACAUUAGGCGACUUCAUUGGCGACGUCGCCCAGUUCAAAACUUAAAAGCGAGUAACACUUUUACAGAAGAUUCCCAAAAAACACAUUGUACUCUUAUCAUAUAGAAGAUCCUUAAAACAGCAGAGCACUCCUGUCAUAGAAAGUAUCUUUGACCGAAGAUUUUUUGAAAAAGCUCUUUAAAAACAGCAGAGCACUCCUGUCAUGUAAAGGGUUUUUGACGAAAGAUUCUUAACAACAGCACAGCACUCCUGCCAUAGAAAGGAUCUUUGACUCACGUUUUUGAAGAAAGAUGCUCAAAAAAAGCAGAGCACUCUUGUCAUAUAGAGGAUCUUUGACCAAUGAUUUUUGAAAAAUAUCUUUAAAAGCAGCAGGGCACUCCUGUUAUAUAGAUGAUCAUUGACUCACGUUUUUGACAGAAGAUCAAUUAAAAAAGCAGAUAAUUUCUGGCGUAUAGUGGAUCUUUGGUUUGCAUUUUUGACAGAACAUUUUUAAAAACAGCGGCCUUCUGUAAAAUUGAAGAUCAUUGAUUCGCUUUUUUGACAAAAUAAAUUUGAAAACAAGAGCACUCCUGUCACAUAAAGGAUAUUUAGAAUAGAAUAGAAAGUAAUUCAUUGAUCCCUGGGGCGUAUUUCCAGGAGAAGACCCAUACAAACAGCAGAGCAUUCCUGUCAUAUGGAGGAUCUUUGACUUGUAUUUUAACGUAUCUUUAAAAUCAGUAAAGCACUGUGGCAUGUCAGGGAUCUUUGAUUUGCCUUUUUGCAGAGCGGUCCUGUCAUAUGGAAGAUCUUUGACCAGCGUAAAUGUUAAAAGGUAUAACAAAGUGUUGCAAUGACAUUGUUGAGAUACAAAAUAAGAAUAAUAGUUAAAGUACAAGCCCUUAGAGUUCCUCCAAAACUGUUCAAAUAAUGUUUAAUUGUUGUUUUCCUAAAGCAUGUUAACAUGAUUCAAGAUCGCCUGCACAGUUAAAGUUUUUAAUGACGGCCAGUUUGACCCCGGAACAGAUUAUUUUUAUAUGCUUUAUUUCCAUGAGUUAAAAAGACAACAAUUGGCUUUCAAAGUUCGGCUAUAUUUUUAAAGAUUUAUAGCAGUAAAUUGUAAAAAAAAAACAAAAAACCCUCUUCACACUGUAGGUGAUGUGUCCCUUAAAACAAGGUAGACAGAAAAAUCCCACUAGCUUUUCAUGUGAAUCCAUCAUAAAUAUUGUAUUGAUUCAUCAAUCUCACUAAAAUGGAGCAAAAAAAAAAAAAAGCAAUCCAAUUGGAAUUGAUCAUCUCUAUGAGCAGUAUUACUUUUAUUUCCACUACUUUUACUGCUAAUUCUUCACAUUCUCACGACGUGUCCUACCUGAUUGUUGUGUGCAGCCCAUAAACUUCCCUCAAUGACUAACAUACAGUCAUUGUAUACUGUGCAUAUACAGUGGGGCAAAAAAGUAUUUCGUCAGCCACCGAUUGUGCAAAUUCUCCCACUUAAAAUGCGUGCGUGCAAGGAUUGACUUUAAGCCUUCCAAGCACAGAAAGCAGACUGGAAGAGGGGGAGGAGGUGAGGCGGAUUGCAAUUGACUAGCAGCAAUGUGUUGCAGAAAGAUGCUCGCUGUGCUCUGUAUGCAUUAGAAAUCCAUUCAAUGCAUGUCAAAAAAACAAGACAAGGUCUGCCAAGGUCAGCGCUUGCAGCAAAGUGAAGAGAGCGAGAGAAAGAAAGCAGUUUAUUGUUGUGAUUGUAAUCUUUUACGACUCGAAUCGCUUACUUUAAUUAGUUUUACUGUUUAUGUGCAAAGACAAACUUUUAUGUACUUCAUUUUUUUUUUUUUUUAAAGAUCUUUUGUCUUUUUAUGGACUUUAGCACAAGAAAAAAAAUAACACUUGGUUUCAUCUAACUACUGUUUAGCAUAUUGAUUAUGUUGUCCGUUAAUUAGUCUUCUGUUGUUUCUUGAGAUGUGAUCUUAUUAAUGGGAUGGGAGAAUGCCACUGAAUGUUCUGAGCUUCUGUUUCCUUUCCUCUGUUGUAUUAAAAGCAAUAAUGUUGUAUAA